UAGACUACUAGAUGAGACAUACAAUCCAGCCUAAAGAUGUCAAGUGAAGUGUUUUUUUUUUUUCACCACAACACAAGGAAAUAUGUUGUAUUGGAAAACAAGAGGCUUUAGCGAUACGAUGUUUACGACACCUAUUAAGUUUCGGUUCCACUUUCUUUUCAGAAUAAGUGAAAUCAACAACCCUAACACAGUAACCAAGUCAUCUCUCUCUAGUAUAGCCUUACUAUGGACACAGAAGAGCUGAUUUUAUGUACUCACUGCAAUAAAGAGGUGGCAAAGGCAAACUAUGACCUGCAUGAACCACACUGUAAAAGGUUUCUGUGCAAAUGCCCUGACUGCAAUGACACUGUCCCUCGAGAUCAGCUGGAGGAGCAUAAAACCGAACAGCACGCACAGGUGAAAUGUAAGAUGUGCAAAAAAAAGAUGGAGCGAAGGCAUCUGUUAGACCAUGAGAAAGAUGAGUGCUCCGAAAGGCCUCAGAUCUGUGAGUUUUGUCAGCUCGAGCUUCCUCUGAGCAAUCUAAUAGAUCACAGAGUGUCCUGUGGGAGUCGCACGGAGCGCUGCUCCGACUGUGGCCUCUAUGUCAAGCUGAUGGACCAGCUAAAUCACGCACAGAUCUGCUCAACUACCACUCCUACAACAUCAAAGGAUCUUGUCCCUGAAGAUAAUGCAUCUGACACUGAUGAGCCGACCAUGCUGCAAUGUCAGAAUUGUCUGAGAUACAUUCCCUCAGAAAAACUGAAGGUGCACCAGCUGAGUUGCAAACAGCGUUUACAGAAUGCAGACAGCGAGUAUGAUGACUCAGAUGAAAACUUCAAAGCUGGAAAUGCCAGUGCUCCAGACGCUGCAGAUUUCUCCUUCUCAACAUUGCAAAAAACAAAGAGAGACAGAAACAUUGACACAGAGCUGGAUAAGAUAAGCACCUGUCCGCUCUGUCAUUUGGCUCUUCCUGUAAAGACACUCGAAUGGCAUGAGAAAAAAUGUGAAUUAUUCAAACAUCUAAACCUGGCAUGAUGGCUGGUGAAAGCAAAGCAAGAUAUACUUUAGGUUAUUUCACUCUCUCUGCCACCAUCCUCAUACCUUUGUAUGAAAUGCCUUGAGGAUCCAGCAGACCAUCUACCAGAUGAAGAAGGUUAUGAAAAUCGGGAGGAAAAUGGGGAAGACCACAAGAUGGCAGUUUCAGUCAGGAUGGCCUUUCCUUAAUAUUCCUAUAAUAUCUUACUAUAUCAUUUAAUAAUUAUUACUUAAUUGAUAUAUUUAACUGAAGUUGAAUAUAUUCAUAAAAAGAUGUCUUUUAAUGGUCUAUUUGUCCAUUUGUAAAGUGAUUUCUCCCCCCACUAGUUCUCUUGAACUUGGCAACAAAAGUGCAACAGUGACAUCUAGUGGAUAUUUUUUGUAUUCCUUUAUGAGUGACAGUGUCGAGAGUGCAGAUUCAAAAGUAAUCAUUGAUCAUUGUUUAGUCAAUCUCAUAAGCAACUUCAUCUGAUGACAUCUGACAAAACAGAUUAUACAAAGUAAAUUAUAUAAAUAACCUUCCUCUCACUAUUUAAAACUUUUACUGUUGAGUUUAACUUGAAUUUAACAUGUUAAAUUAAAAAAAUAAAAUAAUUUAUCCAUCAUGCUAUGGAUCCUUUUCACAGACUGUGAUGGCACAUUUCCACAGUUAUCAACAUUGCAAAUAUAGUAAAAUGUUUCAUAUUCAGGCGCUGGUUACUAACUGAUUACAUGUAAUUUUGUAAUUAGAUAUUAUAUUUUAGAAUACUCGUAAUCAGAAUAGUUACUUUUUUAUUGAUUACAUGAUUACUGUUUUGUGAAAUUACACACAAAGGUCAGAUAUUAGUCAGAUGGCUAUAAACACAUGGAAAAAUGAGAGGUCACAAAGCAUUUGACCACUGGAUUUAGUGUUUUCUCAACAUUACAUAUCGAAUCAACUCCUGACAAAUACAAUUAUUAUUUGAAUUAUCACUCAGUAUGUCAUUUAAUCAUGUAUUGUUAUAGAAUGCAUUUGUCUUUCAAGCACAUUUAUUAUAAUUUUUAUUAUUUUAAAAUGAUUUAUUUUCAUUUGACAUUUUUAUGAUUUUAGUUAUUAGCUUUUCAUUAAACUCACAAACCCGUUUGGAAAACCCUGAUGUAAUGUUUAAUGCACUUCAUGUUGAUAAAAUAUAUAUAUUCCAUCUAUUUGUAUUUUAUAUCAAUAUGGUACAAUCCUAUCCUAUUCAGAUCAAUGUGAUAAAUGAGUUAGGUCAAAAGCAAUCUAAAAGUAAUCAAAAAGUAGUCAGAUUAUAUUACCUAAAAUGUGUAAUGUUAUGGAUUACAUUACUAACUACGAAUUUUGUCAUGUAAUUUGGAAUCAAUAGCAGACUAUAAUUUGUAGCCUAAUCUGCCCAGCACUGAUCCCAACCUCUCCCAGAAGGGACGGGAUCCCUAACGGAACCACAAAUUUUAUGUAAUUUCCCAGAAAUAUUAACAUUCUACAUCACUUUCACAGGAAUAAUAUGCAUAAGAAUACUAUUUGUGCGUAUAGUAUUAUAAUAUUCAGACAGCUGUGAUGUUUGUGCUUAAUUUUAUUAAAAUUUAAAUUAGCUGACUAUCUGUUAAGGAGUUACUGGUUAAACUCACAUAUUAUAUAGUAAUAUUGUUUUGUAGUAAUAUAUGUAUAUAAUAUGUAAUCCUUCUGUAAUUAAACAAAUUUGACAUCCUUCUCUCUUCUGACCAAUGUAAUCAACCUCUCUAUAUUUCCCCUCUUUUGUAAAGUCGUGGAAACGCUAACAUGGAUUUUUUAUUUUUUUUUUUUUCUUCUUCUGAGAAGCCCAGACAUGUGAAAAUGGUCCACUGUGUGCUAAUGUGGCAUUAACUAUGUUGUAUAGUUAGACCUGAUUAUGAUUGCUGUGCUAUAGCAAAACAUAAAAUUACAUGUGGCAGCCAAAACCCAUUAUCACCCUAUUCUUGAUUACUUGUCACACUUAAUCUGUAGGGGGGAAACACUAAGCAAAAAUCAGUAUUUGAUGUAAUAUUUCAAAUUAUACGUUUUAUUUUCAUCUUUGACAUUGGGUUUUAAAGUAGGAGGCAUCUUUUAUAACAGUGUGCUGACUUUUCAUUUCUGGGAGAUCAAACACAGGUCCAUAGGAGCUACAUCUAAGAUAAUGUGCCUUCAAUCACAAUUCAAAAUCGCAUCUGGAGGAAAAAAAAAAAAAAAAAAAACACAAUAA